UCAAUGAUCAGGUGAUUGCCUGUGUAUGGGUCUGAAAUCAUCCUACCAGUGGGUUUAUGUUCAGCUUGCUUAUACUUUAACUUCAUUUUAUGUAACAUGUAUGAUUUAUUUGGAAAACUGUGGGGAAUCUUGGCUAGAGGAUGCUGGUGACUGUUUCAGCCUUGCUGGAUGUUGGUCUACUGCAGCCGAUGUGUAUUCUAGGUGUAACUGCUUUUCCAAGUGCUUGCUAGUUUGCACGAAUGGCAAUCUCUUUGAAACCGGUCUUCAAUUCAUAGAAUAUUGGAAAGAAAGUGCAAGGCUAAACCCUGACGCCGCCAGAAGUCAAGAUCUAAUAGAUAUGGAACAAAGUUUUCUCGAAAGUUGUGCCAUUCACUAUGAUCAACAAAAUGAUACCAAUAAUAUGUUGAAGUUUGUCAGAGCCUUUAACUCGUCGGACAUGAUAAGAAAUUUUUUAAGGUCUCAUGAUUAUCUUGAUGAGCUCAUCCUCUUUGAAGCCGGGUCUGAGAAUUUUAUGGAAGCUGCCACUAUUGCGAGAUUGAAAGGGGAUUGUCUUCUUGAGGCAGAUAUGUUGGAGAAGGCAGGGCACUUGGUAGAAGCGACAGAGGUCAUUCUGUUUUAUGUUCUUGGCAAUUCUGCUUGGGCAAACGGGAACAAAGGUUGGCCCUUGAUCAAGUUCCCAAACAAAGAAAAACUUUUGGAAAAAGUAAAGUUGAUGGCCAAAAGCAAAGAUGAUAUCUUAUACCAAUUUGUUAGUACAGAGACAAGCAUAUUUUCAGACACCAAUAGUAGAUUGUCAGAGAUGAACGGCUGUUUUAUUGUUUCCCAGAGAUUCAAGAGUCUGCGUGGCGAAAUUAUUUCUUUGAGGAAAAUCAUCGACUACCAUCUAGAUUUAGCACCUUCAGAGUACGUUUGGGUGGAUGAUGUGAUCUUGAAUAUAACAGAGCAUGUAGAGAAUUCAAUAUCCAAGAACAGGGUCUCCGUUCAAACAUUAACUUACUUCUGGAAUUUAUGGAGGGAAAAGAUAGUAAACAUAUUGCAUUAUCUCAAUUCUCUUGAAACUCAAGUUAAACAAGAUCAUGAAAGCUAUGAGAAAUUCUGUUUGGGUUACUUAGGUGUGUAUAAGCAGAAACAUGAUCGAAGUUCCUUAUACAUCCUGUUGAACAGUGAUGCCUGUUGGAGAAAAGAAAUUGAGGAUCGAUUUCUUCGAAAGACCAGAGAAUUACUUGGCAUGAAUGAUCACCAAUUUGCGUCUUCAGCCCGAAGCUAUUGGUCUUCAACAUUACUUAGUCUAUGUAUGCAAGUAUUGGAGAAGCUGGAAAGCCUCGAUAAAAUUUCUGGUAUUUACAAAGUUGGUAACGAGUCUUUCAUGAACUAUAGUGGUCCUUUCCGACGAGGAAUAACUGCGCUUAACGGUUAUCAAGUUGCAAAAUCGAUGGUUGAGUCUAAGAUAUUGGACAAAAAGCUUUCCGGGGAACUGCUCAAGUGCUUGACGCAUUCCAAGGAGCAUUUUUACGCGAUAUUUUGUCUGAGAGACCAGAAAAAUAUGAUGUUCAAGCAUAUGAUGGAUUUGAGACUAACUAAGCUCUCUCAGGAUUUAAUCAAAGAAUUUACCAUUGAGAUCAUGAGCAAAAAAGGCAGGUUAAAGUAUGUGGAAAUGUGGAGUGUGGUCUUGCAGAUUUUUAUGUUUGGUAAUCUAAGCGAAGAACUUUAUCAAGUUAUAAUACAACGUCCGGAUCUGUCUCCAGCCUAUAAAGUUUUCAUUAAGCAGUUGAAAGAGAGCAAGAUGUCCGGAUUGGUCUCGGUUUCUUUGGUCAGCAAUUUUGAAAAAUCAUUACAAGAAACACUCAACCACGACUGGUCGAAAGACUUUGAUUUCAUGGCACCUUCCUGGUUUGUUUACUUUCUUGAACGUCUUCUUUUCUUGGUUUCAUCUUGGCAUGGUUGCUUUUUCACACUCAAGUCUUCUGUUCGAGAAACAGUUCCCUGGGGGAAUCUAAGAUGCAACUCAAGCUCUUUAUCUGAAGCUGACUCAAAAGUUUUCUCGAAGAGGUCUUUUGAUUUUAUAGCAUCCAAGAUCAAAGAAAUUUUAUCAAUUAAGCUAGAUUGGCUUUGGGAACGUGAUUUUGACGCAGUGGCUUACUACCCUUUUCUGGUCUUGAAGUUGGUUCUCUUGGUUGCUUUAAUUUGUUUGAAUUCUGGACGUCACUUUGAUUUGCUGUACAGCUUACUUGGUAGAUACGAUAUAAUAACCGUACUGCCGCCUCAGUUUGUCAAGAUCCUCGAGAAAAGAGGCACAAAGAAUUUUGAUAAGUUGCUCGCUGAUAUCCUUGAAGCAACUGGGGAUCCUUUGGUCUGCUUGAGGUCAGGGAAUACUCAGAGAGAACUUUUGAGCCACGAUGUCUUAGCGAUAGAUGUGGAUAUGAUUCACUCCAGAGAAGAAAUAUUGGAAAUACUAUACUCAGAAAAUUCAGAAUGUGACGGAAACUAUGAAAUGGAGUAUGGAAGUCCAAGUGAUAGAAAUGCUCGUUUCUCCAAUUUUGACCGUAUGAGUUAUACCUUAUGCCCGGCUGAGUCUGAUUAUGAUUCAGAAAAGAUAAACUGGUUGGACACGGAAACCGGAGAAUAUGGGAGGACGCUGCAGUUGUUUACGAACACAUCUCGUGUUUAUAUGUUUUCAAAAGGCAUUUUUGAGGACAUCAGCUUUCAUGAUUGCAAACCACAGAUGAAGUUGGAUAUUUGCAUUUAUUUUCAAGAAAGCCUUGGUGGUCUGUCUGUUAAAUAUGAAAAAUGGAUGAGGGAACUAAAGCAGCUCUCUUUUGCAUUAAGCUGCAGUGAUGAGGAUCCCGAUAUUCAGUAUUCAAAAAUUGACGACUGCUUUAAGAAGUUGAGUGCGCCUCCAAAACUGAAACAGUUUUUAAUCCAGGGUUUGUUUGGGUUGAUUAUUAAAUUUACUCCGUAUAGCAAGAAAAUCAAGCGCGAAGAAAGACAAAAGUCCAAGAAGCAGGCUGGAAAGGAUAAAUGCAAGAAGAAGAAGUAGUAAUAUUCUGUUUGGCAGGAGCUACAGCAUCCUCGUGAUACCAUCCAUUCAUUACUCUUUUGCAGCUAAAAGAGAACAAUACUGAGACUUUUUUCUGUGAGGAAUCUCCGAAGCAUUAAUAUACCAGAAUCUCUGCAGUCACAACACCCCAUUUUUCUUAUGGAAUUUUCAACUUUCCUGGUUACUUACGAAAUUAUGUGUUGUAUGCAAUCGGUAUGUCUUUUGAACACUUACUGUUCUUGAUGUGUAAUUGUGCUUCAAUAAGAAGUACAUUCUGAAGUAAUCCUUCAGUGGGUUUCAAAAACUUCUUUCCCACCACAUCGGUUUAGUGUUGCAACAGUUUGGACCUUU